ACCAAAUACUGGACAUCCCCUUGCCUUGCAGUGAACUUCCCCGCUGUCAGCUGGAGUUUAGACUUACGUAAACAUUGAUAAUGCCGUGAUAAUACGGAUAUCCAGUUACUCGGCUUGCCUGACUACUUUCGACGCGAUCCACAUUCAGUUCCAUUACGAGUUCUCUGCGGCUGUGAACUUGAAAAAUAUAAAUGCACGAAAAAAGGAUUAUCUUCAAAUGAUUCGACUGCUAUGGAUGACGUUACAAAAUUGAAUACAGGCGACCAAGGCAUGGAUCCCUGACUAACAGGGAAGGCCUAAAAAUUUUCUGAUCGUCAGCCUGGACUUGAAGAGAGAACAUUCAAGAUGAAUUCGAGCUGCUCGCCACCGAACAUCAGCGUUACUCAGUUGACAUACUUGAAGCAGAUUAGUUUGAAAAAUUAUUAUGUAAGUGAUGUUGAACGCAAAACUGUUAAUUGCAAAAUUUGUAAAUUCGAUAUGCCAAACCAUCAUGUUUUCGAACACACUGUCGGUAAAAGACACAAAUAUAAUAAACUGUUGGUUCGUAUUAUACAAGAUUCCUCUUAUAACGGGGAUAUAGAUUUUAUCAUCACAGGCAUUGAUAGCCUCCAAUGUAGGUAUUGCAACGCGCUAGUAAUUAACAGCAACGAGAACGACUGUGUCGUCAAUCAUCUUCAAAGUGUUGUGCAUACAUUUAAGAAACAGGAAUAUCUCUGGAGAAGUAGCUGUAGUAGCGUGCAAGAUCUUCCAGUUCAAUGUGACAUGACACUUAGGCCUUUGGACAGUUUGUUAACCUAUGAUAAGACAUAUGAGAACCGAAUCCGUAAUUUGAGUAAAAAUUUGCCAAAGCCAAGUAAAGCAAGUGUUAUUGUUAAAGUUAAUACGCAACAAUCCUCUGCAUGCUGUAGUGGUAAAGAUACACAGGGCAGAGAAAAAAUACCAAAAUGUAUUACUGUUGAUCAAAAUGGCAUUUGUGUGUGCACAGUUUGUAGUAAACAUAUUCCAAACUCUACUAUGAAUAUAAAUCAACACAUUAACGGUAAAGCUCAUAAAAAUCAGCUGCAAAAGUUGCAGGAGACUGCAGGCAAAGAUGUAGAAGAUAGUCAGAGCUACUGGUGUAAAUAUUGUUGCAAAAAACUCCCAAAUAACGAAUACAAUAUAGAACAACAUAACACUGGUAAAAAACAUCAGAGCAAUAUUAAAACACUCUCAGUAUCUAAAGAAAACACAGGGCAUAAAGAGAAAAACCAAGUAGAAGAUCCCAUGGCAAUAUUGCAUCAACUGUGCUCGCAGCUCGAACAGUUUAUACUCCGUUGUUAA